UUGUGCGACAACGGCAGCUUAACUGCUCCUGAUAAAGAUGCAAAUCCAGUUCCAGUUGUGAUCGUUGUCUUCCUGCAGCUUCACCACUCAAGCGCAAAUGUAAUUAAACAUGUUCCAUCACUGAGGUGUGAAGCUCGCCAUCUAAAAUGCCAACUUUUUUACCCCCCCGCCCCUUUUAGAAGAAAUAUAGCAGCACAAUCCUCGUGUGAUACGAGUGAUGUGAGGAGGGGAAGUGACUCCGGUGGCACAACACUUGGUGACGUGAUGUGCGCAAAGCAAGAACCCCGCCGCCACUAAUUUGCCAAUCCAGCCGCGGAGCGAGCGUUUCAUCCUCCCACCACCUCACAACCUCACCCCGAGCCCCUGGAUCUGCUCCGUCUCUGCGCCACCACUGUCUCCCCUCCACAGCAGCAGCCACAGCAGGGCGCAGAGCUGCUCACGCCUCAGUCUCCUUCCCUCUCUCUCUCUCUCUCUCUCUCUCUCUCUCAUCGCAUGGAAAGUUGUGCGCACUGUGCGUGAAGACGCCGCAAUCCUCGCUGGUCAACUUGGUGGAUUUCCUGCAGGCGUCGCUCUCUGGGAAAAGAAGAAGAAGAUCAAGGAGGAAAACCACCAUGUGGAAUCCAUAAAUUGUUGCAGACUUUUUUUCUUUUUCUCUUCUCUUCCUCCCCACCUUUGCUCUCGUCUCGUCGUUGAUGGAAAUCUCACUGGCUGCACAGUCAGUGACACACAGAGAGAAGAGGCGCUGCUUUAUUUUUUUGGUGCCACCAAUUUGGACAUUUGGACACCGGCGGCGCCGCAUCCUGUGCCACAAGACAGAUGGUGGUGACGCACGGACCACAACUGUUUUCUUCUAAAUGGGGACCCGCACAGAGAGGAUAAAUUGCGCGCAGAGUAGUGUGGCUUACUGCUGAGAGAGCGCGAGAGAAAGAGGUCAUCCUCAUCCAGCGACUUGAGUGAACAUGAGUCCACGGCGAGACGCGUGGCCGCUCCGGUGCGUGGGACUCACCGCGCUUCUCCUGUGCACAGUGGUAGACUGCAAGGUGGUCCUGGAAGGCCUGCAGAGGUAUGGACCCUCACCAGUCUACUUGCCUGUCGGCUACCAGAUCCUCAAUGCUGAGUCAGCGUUCUUCUUACAAGAGGCAAACCAGGACAUAAUGAGGAACUCCAGCCUGCAGGCUCGCACGGAGUCUUUCUUCAUUCAUCAGACCCGGCAGAUGCCCUUUGUCAAUGCUAGCUACGGGCCACUGUCUGUGCAGCAGCCCGUCCCCCUGGAGCUGCUGCAGACCCUGCCGGGGCCCUUCAAUGCGCCCUCUGGCACGUCGCCGUCAGCGCCAACGUCGGCAUCAACGACGCCUCUUUUUGCAUUCAACUGGAAGGUCCACACCUACAUUAUCAGCGAGCGGAUUCACCCCAGUUGGCCGAAGGUUCAAGUUUUGUUCUACAUAGCGGGGAGGGACUGGGACGAUUACAGUGCCAUCCACAAGCUGCCCUGUGUCAGGAUGUUUGCCUUCCAUGAGACUCAAGAGGUGCGCGGCACGUGCCGGCUAAAAGGUGAGUUAGGGAUGUGCGUUGCGGAGCUGGAGCCUCUGGCCAGCUGGUUCAGCCCUCCCACGGUCAGACCGGGCAGGCAGCGGGUCUCCGAACAGGCCCAGGGAACUCCUGUGGAGCUCUACUACAUGGUUCAAACCACAGACAGUGGAGACUGCAACGCCGAGGAUUCCAGAAAGGACAACGGUGUUCGUUCAGAGCAGCAGGGGCCGAUGGGCUACUUUGCAGGGCAUAAACCUAUGCAACGCAUCGGGAGUGUCAGGCUGUUCCAGCCACUGUCGGAGCUCAAGCUGGACAAUAACUUUGUGGUGAUGGCACCGUCCAAACCGAUACGGCAAAGAGAAACGGUCUCAGCAUUUCUGGCUUUGUCUACACUUUCCUCAGUGCAGAUUUUCACCCUUAGGAUCAAGCUAAAAGACGGCGUGGCUUUCCUGGGAGCCCGAGCGAGUAACCCCGUUGUGUGGUCGGUGAGCCAGGAUGUCAGGAGCGAAGGUCACAGAAUCGUCACCCUCCACUGCAGGAGGAAGGAGAACAGCUUUAGUCAAAGGGUGGAGGCGGCGGGUUACCAGCGAGUGCUGCAGGUGGACCUGGAAGUCAACGGACUGAUGGUGCCUCAGGGAGGGAGGGAAGUGACAUGGCAGGUGGAGUACCCACUCACUCGCACUGUGACCGGUGAGGUGCAGACCCACAUCCGCCUGGCACCGCAGGACUUGGGUGGAAUCGUGCCACUGGCCAUGGACACAGAGAUCCUGAACACGGCCGUGCUCACUGGCCGCACAGUCGCCGUGCCAGUGAAGGUAGUCACCGUGGGAACAGACGGCGCCAUCUCUGACGUGACAGAGUCAGUGGAGUGCAAGUCGACCGACGAGCAGGUUAUCAAGGUGUCAGAGCGAUGUGACUAUGUGUACGUCAAUGGAAAAGAGUCGAGAGGGAAAAGUAGCGUGAUGCUCAACUUUACCUACAGCCUCCUCAGUGCACAGUUGGAGAUGAGCGUAUGGAUCCCCCACCUCCCGUUGCUCAUCGAUAUAGCUGACCCUGAUCUCAGCCAGAUUAAGGGCUGGAGGGUCCCUGUCAGCACCGGGAACAGGAGGUUUGAGAGAGUCACAGAUGACAAGGCAGACGAUCGGCCAGACGAGAGGACGGACGGCGUUUGUACGGCCCAGUAUCAGAGCACGACGCUGCGCGUCCUCACACACUUCGUGGCAGACGCCGCCAGAGACGUCAGAGGAGGCAUGGAAGAGGACGGCGCGGGCCAGCCCAACUUCCUCCUGGGCAGCGACUGGCAAGUGGAGGUGACACAGCUGGUGAAGGAUUCGCUGAGGGUCGAGAACCCGAAGGUCGCUCAGCUGCUGGAGGGCGAGGUCGUCAUCGGACUGAGCGCAGGGACCACCAAGCUGCAGGUGCUGUCCCCUCUGACAUCAUCCGUCUUGGCGGAGAGGAGCAUCAGGGUGCGGGAUGAUAGAGUGAGUGUGACAGAGCUCGGGGUGCAGCUGGUGUCAGGACUCUCGCUGUCCCUGCACCUCAGCCCAGGGAGUAACAGGGCCAUUGUCGCCACCGCAACCACACAGGAAGUCAGUGAAUCACUCAAACAGGAGUCCCUCAUCAGUGCUUGGCUGCAGUUCAGUGAUGGAUCGAUGACUCCACUAGACAAUUACAACCCUGCCCAUUUUAGUCUGGCAGCCACCUCUUUGGAUGAACGAGUGGUGGCGGUGCAGCAUACUGCGGCAUGGAAGUGGCCUAUUAUUGUUGCCAAGGGCGAAGGCCAGGGUUUGCUUGUGCGUGUUGAAAUGACCCCGUCAGAUGUGUGCCAGAAGGGCAAGCGGCGUACCGUUCUCGCCACGGGAAUGGCAAACGUGCAGGUGAGGUUUGGUAAGCCUGAUGGGCCGCACAGACAACCGGGAGACCGGCGAACGAGGCCUGACCCUCCGUAUUAUGGUGGAUCUAUCGAAACUGGGUUAAUCAACCGGGGAGCCACUACCAUCCGGGGCCAGGUUCCAGUGAGGCCUAACGGGGGCCGUCUAUCAGCAGACAGUGGGGCAAGAGUCCCAGGUGAUUUCUCUGAAUUUCCAGAUCAGGCGGAGCUUCCUCGCAGCCGCAGCACCGAUGAGGACUUGUUACCGUCUCGUCGAGGUCUUACGGACCUGGAGAUCGGUAUGUACGCCCUGCUGGGAGUCUUCUGCCUGGCCAUCUUGGUUUUUCUAAUCAACUGCAUAUCUUACGCAUACAAAUACCGUAGCAAGCAGCUGUCUCUGGAGGCCCCCGAGGCCAUGCCACAUGCCCAUGACUGGGUUUGGCUGGGCCAAGAGGAAGGGCUGUGUCUGCAGCAACAGCAGCACGACGAGAUGGGAGGCACCCUGGAGGAAGGUAGCCAGCUAUUAAAUGGCGGUGCCCAGCGUGGAUUUAGCUCGUGUGGCAAGGAUCACAGGAAUGAGUCACUUAACUCACCCACGACAAAGAGAAAAAGGGUGAAGUUCACGACCUUUUCCAAUGUCAAGUCCAGUAAUGGGUGUCCUGUGCUCAGCCCAUUAGCACUAGUGCAGACUAGUGAGAUAAAAUGGGUAUGUCCGGACAUUGAGCUUGGGGACUCAAAGGAUCUUAGGAACUACAUGGAAAAGCUGAAUGAGAAUGCAAUUAAGAACACUGCGUAGGGGGCACUGGGCAUUUCUAUACAGAACUAAAGAGAAACUCACCUGAAUGCCUUCAGACUAAGGAGGGAAUGAGGGCCGGAGAGACUAAAGGAAAGAGGAAUGAGGGUGCAGAAAAGAGACCGGGCUGUUGAGAAAUGUAAACAGCAGGGUGGUGCGCUCAGCCUCAGUACUCAGAGGUGGUCGAGAAACAGACGACCACAGGACAUGAUUCACCGUGACACCACAGCGUAGUUAUAAAGGGGCGAAAUGUGAACUUGAUAGUUGUUGCUUAAUGUUUGUUCUUUGUCUUCAAUUGCAGUUCAGUUUUCUUCACUAUGCACCAUACGAUUAAUAUCAUUUUCCCUUUUUUGAAAUUGUCACGUUUCAGUGUUGUAUCUCUGGUAUUUUUUGCACUCUGUUGCUUUUAUUUUUAGAGUUGCUGUAAUGACCCGAGUCACCUGACAGCAAUUAUAGACUCUAGGAGAGAAGAGAGUUAAAAAAGCUAUUUUGUAUUGUAUAUAGACGAGUUUGAUUCGGAGAUAUUAUAUGUACAGUAACAUUUUGUAAAAGUGCCGUUCUGUUACAGUUCUGCUUCAGUUUUUGUUUCAGUUCUCGUCUCCAGAAACCAGAUCCAUGCAUGAUGUUGUUAAAGAUGAGGCAUGUGUGUCUGGACUGGUCCCUGAAAUGAAAGUGUAUAGAUAACUAAUACCAAUACCUCUGGAGACAUGUCGGUUUAGUAUUACUGCAUUAAUUAUGGAGCUGAGUUUUGGAUUGGUUCAAUAUGCUGAUAUUGUUUUCAAAAAACCUGCAUUUUCCCUCAUUAGUUUUUAUUAGUGGGUUAUUUAUGUGAGUGAUCCCCCUUUGAUUCUGUUGCAUCCCUCAAAAAACAAACAAAAAAAUCUGAACACUGACAUCCAUCAUGACUAUCAAAAGACAAUCACAUGUGACUCACUGCAUUCAUUCAUAAUGUUCCAUUAAAAUCAGUCUAUUUUGCAGCUAAUAUGCUGGACAUAAGUUGGUAAUAAUGUGGUUUCUUUGACUAUUUUACAUGAUAUUUAGAAUCCCAGAAGAUGAGUCGCCGAAUAAAUAGAAACAAACUGUGAAACGAACGCUCAAAUCGUACCUCUUCACUACCUUUGUCAUAUGUCAGUAACAGUCAAGCCCAUUUUUUUAACUCUCUGUUUUAAAAACUGGCUGCUGGAUGAAUUAAAACUGAAGGUGACUCUUCUCCA